CAAGCGCAGCAGUACGGCGGGCAUGACUCAGCAGCACCGGGUGCUCACAGCCAGCCAAUAACGUACGAGCCAAUCCCACAACAACAACAACAACAACAACAACAGCAACAGCACACACAGCCGCUGGCACAACACCCACCGCCACAACCGUUCGGGGAGGCACCUCAGUACUACAGUGGCCCACCACCAGUACAACCCUCCCCACAGGGACCCAAUGACUACAACAAGACCAACCCCACACACGGCAGCACAGAUGCGAGUGGCACCAACGGACGAGAGGGAGACACGGGCGACCCACAGCCACAGCCACAGCCACAGCCACCCACACAGGCCCACAAGAAGACCCUCAUGCCCACCCCACUGUUUGCUCCGCCGCAGCCACUGGCCUUCGGUGUGUGGAUGUGUGGGUGUACAUGA